GUUCUCAUCAUUUAAAAUGGGACGGAACUGGUAUUCACGUGGAUGGUUCUUACAAAUAAAAAAAUAAAAAGAAAAUAAAACAAAAAGAAAAUAACGAAGCAGGUUCAACAAACACCGUCAAAUCGUCUUCUAACUGUUCUUUCUCUCCGAUCAAUUUAGAGAGAGAAAGCGGGACAGAUAGAGAGAAAAGAGGGAGGAAGAAAUGAUCAGCAGGUCUCGCAUAGAAGCGUUUGUGUCGUUGUUCGUCUUCGUUCACCCUCACGAGACCUCCGCAUUGUUCUACUCGUCUUCCUGUUUCUUCUUUAUUUUGAGUGCGUAUUUUGUGGUUCUUCCGUUACGCGAUGAAGGUGCUAUAUCUUUAGGUAUAGGUCACCUUCCAGGGCUGUUCGUGGGCUCCUUGGCGCUCACAUUGAUUGCUGCUCCUGUUUCUACACUCAUCUUCUCACUUCCUAAUCUUUCCAAGAGAAAGGCUUUAGUCUUGAUACACAGGUUUUUUAGUGUGUCUCUUGUUAUAUUCUUCAUUCUAUGGCAUUCUUCUUCACCUGGACAUUCACUUUCAAAUUUUAAGGGAUUAAUAAAAGAGGAGCUAAAGGCUGAGGUUGAUCAAGCUAGUCCUGCAAAGUCUGUAGGCUGGGGUAACCAUGGAUGGUUUUUUGUCUCAGUGAGAAUCGGCUUGUUCCUUUGGAUUGCUCUUCUCAAUCUUAUAACUAUCUCUUCAACUUGGGCGAGGGUAAUUGAUGUCAUGGACAGUGAGUCAGGUUCGAGAUUGUUUGGGUUCAUUGGUGCUGGUGCUACACUUGGCCAGCUUUUCGGUUCAUUGUUUGCCACAGGAUUGGCUUGGACAGGACCAUAUUUACUCCUAUUUGCUGCUCUGCUAAUGGAACUCGCUGCACAGUCAUCAAAAAGAAUCAACAAGGAUACACCCCAGCUGAUGUUGAAACAUCAUAAUGAGAAUGAUCUUGACUUGGUUGUUGUGGUUCUUAGAAAAGCUGGUCUUGAUCAACAUGGUGAAGCUGUUGAGCAAACUGCACCUGCUUUAAAAGGAUCCUCUCCUCGAUUAUCUACUUCCGUCGCAAAGCCUCAUCUAUGGGCUAUAUUGGAUGGAUUCCGACUUAUUUUGUCAUCAACCUAUUUGUUAUAUGUCGCAUUAUUCCUGUGGCUGAGUGCAGUUGUCUCUUCAUUCUUCUAUUUUCAGAAAGUAACUGUGAUUGCCAUGACUGUUACAAGUCCUACCGAGCGAAGAAGAUUAUUUGCCCAGAUCAACAGCUUUAUUGCUGUUUUUAUCCUUGCUGGACAGCUUACUUUAACGGGACGUAUCCUUACUGUUGCUGGGGUUACUACUGCCAUAUGCUCUACUCCAUCUGUUGCCUUCUUAAAUUUGAUUGGUAUAGCUGUGUGGCCAAGUUGGAUUGCGGUUGCUGUUUCUGAGACCCUGCGAAAGGUGGUUACUUAUGUUGUAACCAGACCAGCAAGAGAACUGCUUUUUACUGUUGUCUCAACAGAUGAGAAAUAUAAAGCUAAGGUAUGCAUAGAUGUAAUUGUUCAAAGGCUUGGGGAUGCUACAGCAGCAGGAAUGUACAAGUUACUUUUAAGCAAUCUUAAUGGGAAAAUAUCAACUGUCUCGCUUUAUGCCCUGCCUGUCUGUUUAUUGUGGAUAUUCACAGCAUUCCAUUUAGGACGCCGCCAAACACAACUUGCAAGGCUCCGGGCUGUCUCCACCUCUUGAGUUUCCCUGAAGAUGAUUUGUGUACAUCUGUUGUAGAAAUUUUUUUAUGUUAUUUGUUUUAUAGGUACACAUGUUGUAGAAUAUUGACCUCAAAGAUCACAAUUUUCUAUUAAUUUUUCAUAAUUUUGAAGAAGUAUUGCUAGAGUAUAAGGCAGUUGUAUCAUAUGGUAGCUCCUCUGGUUA